AUGCUUUAUGGAAAUUAUGAUUUAGAUAUGAUUAAUGCUAAUCAAUCGAAACAUUUAAUUAUAUUUUCAUCAUGUCGGUUAAAUAUUUUCAAAUUUAUAUUUAAUUAUAUUUAUAUGACUAAUGAUGUUAAUAAUGAUAUUCUCGAGAAAUUUAAUCAAUUUCAAACAGACUUUUGGAUUGAAAAACAUUGGUAUAUUGAAUAUGAAUUAUCAUAUUAUUCAUCAUCUAUUUAUACAGUACCUUAUACGUUAAAUUCUUUUAAAUUAGAAAUAAGUACUCAAAGAUAUUGGAAUCAAUUCGUAAAUACAUUUCUGAAUGUAACAAAUUUAACAUUAUACCAUGCAACAUUAAAAGAAAAAACAUGUCAAUAUUAUUUUCCAAAUGAUGUAUCAUUAACAAUACUUCCUUCAAAGGAUACUCAUAGACCUGCUUUGGGAACACGAAUUAUAAAAUCUUUGAGAAACAUUAUUAAUCCAUUUUAG